AUGAGCACUAGUGCAUACAGAAAUUUUAGAGGUAAUCCUCUCCCAUUCGACGAGCAAAUAAAUGUUUUAUUUCAAUUUAAAAAUUUAUCAAACGAAACCAAACAAGUUUUAAGCAAAGUUUAUUCUACAUUGGCCAUGUGUUUGGUUAUAGCUAGUAUUGGUGUUUUUACUGCAAUCAAUAUUUAUAGACCAAAUUUCUUUUUAACCUUCCUAGUAAAUAUUGGUGCUGUUCUCUUUUUCAUUUAUACACCAAAACAUGAAACCAACAAAAGAUUUGGCAUUUUAAGUGUAAUUUCAUUUGUUACCGGUAUCUCUUUAAGUGAUAUGAUCAGUUUUUAUAUUCAAGUUAAUCCAUCCAUAGUAUUAUCAGCAUUUUUAUUAACAUCUGGUAUUUUUACAUCAUUUUCAGUAUUUUCACUUUUAAACAAAGGAAAUAACAGAAUGUUUUUAUUCCUUGCCUCGACAAUCUCUUCACUUGGUUUGGGUAUUUUUAUUUUAUCACUCUAUAGAUUAUUUGGUGGAAGAAGCGAAUCAUUAGAUCAACUUUUAAUGUUAGGUGUUUUAGCAAGUUCAGUAUUAUUUGUUAUCUACGAUACUCAAAUGAUUGUUUAUAGAAUCGAAAAGAAUGGCAACAAAGAUUUCAUUCAUCACGCCCUCGUAUUAUUCUUAGAUUUUGUAGAUUUAUUCAGAAUCAUUUUAACCACUUUAGCCAAGAAAGAACAAAAUAGAAAUGAUAAUAAAAAUAAAAGAAGAUAA